AGAUAUAGCAAGCAGAAUGCAGGUGUAGCAAACAGGAUGCAGGUGUAGCAAGCAGAAUGCAGGUGUAGCAAGCAGAAUGCAUGUGUAGCAUGCUGCCUGCAGAUCUUGCAUGCAGAUGUUGCAGUCAAUAUUCUGGUCUGGGUUUUGAUUAAACAAGUGAAGGUUUUAUAAUUAUGGAGGAAGCAACAUGUGAAAGAAUCAUGAAGAAACUGGAUAUGGUGAUAAGCCAGGACUCGCUCUUAGAUGAAUUUGAUAUAGUAUUUUCACCUGGAGAAGUGAAUCGUUCACCUGUCAUCCACGUGGAACACAAGCUUGGUCUAGAGUCAUGGUGUGUCAAGCAUGUUUAUGCUUAUGCAUAUUCCAAGAUCCUUGAAGCUAAGCACUCUAAAAGACAAGAAGAUGUUGCUUUGUUUCUCCGUUGGACACAGUUCUGUUUGCUUAUUGCUCCAGAGGUUGCAACAUUCUGGAAUGUACGGAAGAUGUUUCUCCGCCAGGGUCAUCUUGGGGUGGAUGCUGAUCUGCAUCUUACAAAACUCAUACUGUCUAGAAAACCAAAGUGCAUGCAGGUGUUUCAGCAUCGAAAAUGGAUGUUUAGCAAUAUUUUAAUGAAAGAUUUGCCUCGACAAGCAAAUGGAACCCAUGAUUUCAAUGAGGACAACCGUAAUGGUAAUGUUGAUCUUGGGAACUCAGUGUAUGUUAAACAGUUUCUUUUUUCUGAACUAAAUAUCUGUGCAUGGACAGCUGAUAAACAUCAAAACAACUAUCACUCAUGGAAUCACAGAUUAUGGGUACUACAGCAAUUUGGCAGCCUUGUUGGAUUUGCAGAUGUCUGCAGAUCAGAAUAUGAAACAAGCCAUAGCUGGAUUAGUAUUCAUGUAAGUGAGCACAGUGGCCUCCACUACCUCCAGUAUCUACUUGACUCAAUUGUCUCUUUUGUGACUGAAGCAAAGGUUGAGAUUAUGGAAAUCGUUCCAUGUGUAGAUAGUUUGGAAAGGCUGUAUGAAAAGGAGUUGGAGUUUAACCGUGACCUGAUUGAAGAAUACAGAGAUCACGAGGCACUCUUCUGUCAUCGGAGAUUCUUGUUGACUCGUCUGAGAGAUCUUUGUUCUUCACCCCAACGAACCUGUUCCCCUCCCUCUCCUGCCAUGAAAAGAUCGUGUGUUGAAACAGUCAACAGUGCAUGGAGUGCUGUUCUCCUUGGUGAGAGAGACCUUAUAAACAGAUGUCUGCAGACCAGUUCAUACCAAAAAACUCUUGGUGAAAAACAUGCUCAAUGGCUUAAUAAUGUAGUUGGUAUUUAAAAGCUUUUAUUCUAAUCUCUUCACUAAAUGCAUAAAAUUAUCAAUUACGAGUUUAUAAUUUAAAAAACAAUGUGAUCAUAUUGUAACUUAAUGAAAGAGAUCUUUUCUUCAUUCCUUUAAAAUUUUUAAACAGUUUCAAUUUGAUUUUUACUAACUGUGAUAAGAGUGAGAUAGCCUGUCCUUAUUUCUGUAUAUAGGUAAUAUUUGUACAGUACUUCAUGUGAAGUUGUUUUACUGUUGACAAGUAGUGAUAAAAAUGACUCAAGAAAUCAUAUUCUUUAUUUAUAUAGGUACAUGACAUUUCAUUCACAUGUAGUGAACUGUCUCAAGUGAAUUUAGGAAACAAAAGACACGCUUGUACAUAUAGCAGGGAGAAGGUUAGUGUGUUAGGUGGAGGUCAAGAAGUGGCCACUGCAUUCAAUAUUAUAUACUAGAAUAGGGCACGUGGGUCAUUAUUAUGUGGAGAUAACUUUAUUGCCUCUCACAUGUCUGCCAGUAAUAAGAUAUUUUAGGGAACAGAUGGUCUAUUAUUUGUAUUAUCUUAAGUAAUAUGAGGAACUUAUUUAUUGCUACAAAUUUUGGUGAGAACUUUACAUGCACACAUUUACAAUUUUUAGAUUUAUUAAUAUUGUAAUUACAUCUUUAAAUAUAUA